UCCGCGGCCGCGCAGCCGGGGAUUCGGCGCGGGACGCGGGCCGGCAUGGAACCCACGAGCGGCACCGCGGGGCCCGGCGGUGGCGGUGGCGGCAGCGAUCGCGCGAAAGCGGCCGCUUGCAGGACGGACACGUCGGCACACGAGGAAUACGACGCCUGGGGUUCGCUGGCCGGCGACAACGCACUGCUCUCUCUGCGCGCUCAGGUUUUCCUUGAACUGAGCCGUGGCUCUGCUGGGGGCCGCCAGGAGCUCCGGCUCGCCUGCCUCGAGUCUCUGGAGCCACCGAACAGCGCGCCACUCUCUCAUGCGUCCGCCAACGGCGCGGACCGCACCGUAUCGGAGGAGGACCUCCAGGAGACGACCAGCGUGGAGUCCGGGGGCGAGGCGAGGCCCGAGGCCGGAUUCCGAUGCCCCGUGUGCGGGGCGCGGUUCAGCGACAGAGCGCGGUUGGGCGAGCACGUGACGCGGUGUCCCGCGCGAGAGUACCGCUGCGACCAGUGCCCCAAGGUGUUCAGCUGGAAGAGCAACCUGAUCCGGCACCAAGCGGCGCACGACGCAUCGCGGCGAUACGUGUGCGACGCCUGCCGCAAGGUGUUCACCGAUCCGUCGAACCUCCAGAGGCACGUCCGCUCCCAGCACCUGGGCGCCCGGUCGCACGCGUGCACCGAGUGCGGCAAGACGUUCGCCACCUCGUCGGGCCUCAAGCAGCACACGCACAUCCACAGCAGCGUUAAGCCGUUCCGCUGCGAGGUGUGCCUGAAGGCGUACACGCAGUUCUCCAACCUGUGCCGCCACAAGCGCAUGCAUGCCACCUGCCGCAUGCAGAUUAAGUGCCACCGCUGCGGCCAGGGCUUCGCCACGGUCACCUCGCUGUCCAAGCACAAGCGCUUCUGCGCCUCGUCGCCCGCCGGCGGCCGCGCGCCGCCCGAGCCCAUGAGCGCCGCGCCGCUGCAGCUGCUCUUCCCGCUGCUGCACCACCGCGCCCCGCAGCCCCCGUCGCCCAGCAGGCGCUCCUCGGGGUCCGAGGAGGAGGAGGAGCCCAGCAGCAGCAGCCUCGAGAGCGACGUCGAGCCCUUCAGCUCGGACUCGGAGCCCAUGGACCAGCGCGCGUCGCCCAAGCAGGGCGCCGUCUGCCCGGAGCCCGGCGCACUGUGCGCCCAGCAGCCCGCCGGCUCGUACCCGGCCGCCGCCGAGGCGCCCUGCGACCUGUCGCACAAGGCGCGCCUGCUGCACGAGCCGGGCGCCGACGAGCCGCUCGACCUGCGCACGCGGCGGCCCGCGGCGGCGGCCGCAGCGGCGGCGGCGCUGCCCGCCGAGCCGCCCCAGCCCAUGGCGCACCCGCGGCCCAUCCCGCCGACGCUGUUCUUCGACUCGCUGUACCGGCACGCCGACAAGCUGCCUUUCCCGACGUUCGCGCCGCGCUUCUCCUUCCUCAGCCCGCUGCUGGGCGCCUCGCUGGAGCUGAUGCGAGCCGCGCCGCCACCGCCGCGGCUGCCGCCGGCCGCCAAGGCUGGCGCCGACGGGGCAGCGCGACCCAAGGAGCGCUACUCGUGCAAGUUCUGCGGCAAGGUGUUUCCUCGCUCGGCCAACCUGACGCGUCACCUGCGCACACACACGGGCGAGCAGCCGUACAAGUGCAAGUACUGCGAACGCUCCUUCAGCAUAUCGUCCAACCUGCAGCGGCACGUCCGCAACAUCCACAACAAGGAGAAGCCGUUCAAGUGUCCGCUCUGCGAGCGCUGCUUCGGCCAGCAGACCAACCUGGACAGGCACCUGAAGAAGCACGAGGCCGACGGCGCGCCCCAGCCCGGCGGAGGGGACCGGUCGCCGCGCCGCGACGAGCCCUACUUCGACGAGAUCCGCAGCUUCAUGGGCAAGGUCACGCAGCAGCAGCAGCACCAACAGCGGCCCUCGACGCCGGCGUCGCCCGACUCAUCGCAGCCGAGCGCGUGCAACUCGCCCGACGGCCGACACUCGCCCACCUGGCCCCCCACCUCGCCCAGCGUUGUGUCCAGCGAAGACCAGCCCGGCGCACCGGUGCCGUGAUCGGGUCCCGCUGGCGCAGCCGCCGGUAAACGCUAGUCAGGACUUGGUUCAGAAUAAUAUAUCUCUCUUCCACGGCGGUGACGCCGCG